AUGGAUAAUAUCCUGUAUGGAAGGUUUCGUCAUUUAAGGUUAUUUUAUCCCGAUGAAUUAAGCGAAUCUACAGAUUAUGAUUUUUAUGGUAUAGCGAGUAUUAGGGAUUAUUGUCCUAAUGGAGAUUCAGGAGACCAAAAAGAAUGUAAGACGGAGCUUGAUAAAUUAAAUGCUGCAUGCAUAUGGUUAUUUAAUCAAAUUGUUGCUAAUAAGAUGGAUAGUUUAAACGGAGAACAGCUUAAAAGUAUUAUUACAUACAUUAUGAUAUGGUUAAGUUAUAAAUUAAAUAAAAUAUCAGAUGCAAGAAUCACUACGUUAAAAAAAUUUUAUAAUGAAUAUAUAAAAAAUCAUACGGAUUCUACUAGUUGUAAUAAAAUUAAUGCAGGUUGUAGUAGUACAUUAAAAAAUAAAACGGGUUAUAGUGGUUUUAAGGAGUUCAUAGAAAAAAACGAGUAUUUGAUGAAUAUUGAUAUGAACUUUAUGCCUAGUUUUUAUGAUGCAUUUAAAUUAUUAUUUGAAAUAUAUGAUAAAUGUAAUGGAAAUAAUUCAGAUUGCGAAGAAUGUUCGAAAGCUGCUAAUCAAUUUGUUGCAAAAUUUAAUGAACUUAAUAACGUUUUUGAUAUUAUUAAAAAUAGUUCCUAUUAUCAUGUAAUGUCUACUUUAUCAACUGAUUAUAAUAAUUUAAAAAAUAAAUCUACUAUUCAAUCUAGCAAUUUUCCAUCCCUUCCAGCAAUAAGAAAAACACAAGGCUUUGUGCAACGUUUUACAUAUACAUCUAAACAAGCUUCUGCACCAAGUUUUGGAUUUAAACCAUCAAGUUUGUCGAUAGAAAGGAAAUUAUUUAUAGCUUUAUUUACAUUUGGUGCAAUAGUACUUUUUUUUGGAAUUUAUUAUAAGUAUUCGUUAUUUGGAUCUCGGAAAAGAGCUCAAAAAUAUUUAAGAAGAAAGCUAAAAUCAUUAAGAAGAAAAUGGUUAAUUAAUAUAUGA